AUGGAUCAGCUAAUCGGGGUGGUCACCCAGUUGGCCCAGGCCAGGAACGAGGAAGACUUCAUCGACCGGCUGAACUACCGGUUCACGUCAUACCUCUUCGCCUUCUGUAGUCUAUUAAUUACUUCUAAGUUGUAUCUCGGAACCCCGAUCAAAUGCUGGACGCCCAAUGAGUUCAAAGAUGGAUGGGUCCAAUACACGCAAGACUAUUGCCUGAUCGAAAAUACAUACUAUCUGCCGAUGGACGAUCCCCAUAUGCCGGAUAAUAACGUCAGAGAGGAGAAGGAGCUACAGUACUAUCAGUGGGUGACGUUUGUGCUCGUGCUCCAGGCAUUCUUCUUCUAUUUGCCGCACUCGUUCUGGAGGGCCGUCAACUGGCAGAGUGGCCUCCAAGUCCGUGCUAUCGUCACCGAGACAACGACGCUCGGGUUGGAAACCGAGAAACGAGAUGAAGCUCUGAAAAAGCUCUCCGGCCACAUCCACAAAUCGAUCAGCAACCUCGGCCGGCCGACAAAUCGCAGCAAUCUGUUCAUGUGGACCGUUGGCCAUUGCUUCGGGGCCAAUUUCGCGUCGGCGAUGUACAUCAUCACCAAGGUGCUCUUCCUCGUCAACAUUGUCUUCCAGCUGUACAUUCUGCACGUGUUCCUCGGGUUUAAUGCCCUGAAUUUCCUGGAUUUGAAGCUCGGCUUCAACACAAAUUGGAAACACACCGGCCUUUUUCCCCGCAGCACCAUGUGCGAUUUUGAGAUCAGGACCAAGGGCAACGUUCAGCGCUACAGCGUCCAAUGCGUACUCCAAUUGAAUAUGUUUAACGAAAAGAUCUACCUAGUGUUGUACUACUGGUUGAUCCUCCUCUUCGUGGCCACCAUUUGCAACCUGUUCAAGUGGUGCUCGGAUCUGUAUUUAGGGGCGAAUCGCGUCGAUUUUGCCAGGAAAAUGCUGAGCGGAGCUGGAAUUACGAAAGGAGCCAGGGGCAAGAAUUCAGAGGAAAGGUCGCUACUGUUUGCCACCGACAGCGAAGAGCAAAGCCACUACGACAGAUUCGUGCGAAUGUCCCCGGAUCAAGUCCUCCUCUACCGGUUGAUCUCUUCCAAUUCUGGAGACAUUGCCACGAGUGACGUCAUCGCUUCCGUUUAUAAUCAUGAGGCGCAGCUAGCUGUCGCGUCUUCC